UCAACGCGUCUUUUCCGGCCAUUACUACAGUCGUCAUCGCGUGAGAGCGUGUGAAUUAAAAAAUUUCUCUUACUAUAAAAAAAGUAUUAAAUUUAUCAAAUAAAUUUAACAAAUAAACUAGUUCAUUAAUUUUCUAAGUUAAGUUCUUUAAAAAAGAAGUUUGCAAAAAAAAAAAACAAUCAACAAUCAUGUCUGAUAACAAGAAUAACGACUGCGAAAUGAAUGGUGAGGAUUUCUCACAAGAUGUGAGUACCAAUGAAAAAGAAGAAAAUGGUGCCGGUACAAAUGGUAAUUCUGCCGAAUCACACGGACGAGAUGAUGACAGGAAACUUUUUGUUGGUGGACUCAGCUGGGAAACCACAGAAAAGGAACUUCGUGAACAUUUUGGUCAUUAUGGUGAAAUUGAAAGCAUCAAUGUAAAAACAGACCCACAAACUGGUCGUUCAAGAGGAUUUGCCUUUAUUGUUUAUACAUCAGCUGAUGCAAUUGAUAAGGUUAUCGCUGUUAGCGAUCACAUUAUUAACAAUAAGAAAGUUGACCCCAAGAAGGCCAAGGCACGUCACGGAAAGAUCUUUGUUGGAGGUCUUACUCCAGAAAUUAGUGAUGACGAAAUUAAAACCUAUUUCGGACAGUUCGGCAAUAUUGUUGACGUUGAAAUGCCAUUCGAUAAGCAAAAGUCACAGCGCAAAGGUUUCUGCUUUAUUACAUUCGAUUCAGAACAAGUUGUAAAUGAAUUGUUAAAAACACCAAAGCAAACAAUCUCUGGCAAGGAAGUUGAUGUUAAGAGAGCGACACCAAAACCAGAAAACCAACAAAUGGGAACGAUGCGCGGUGGACGUGGUGGUGGCCCACGUGGAGGUAGCCGUGGAGGCUAUCGCCUAGGUUAUCCCCAUCAAUGGUCCGGCCAAGGUGCAUAUCCAGCAUACGGCUACAGUGGCGGCUAUGAUGCAAGUCCCGGUUAUGACUACUACAGCGGUGGCUAUUACAACGGCUACGAUUAUGGCUAUGACUAUGGCUAUGGAGGUUAUGACGGUGGCUACGGUAGCGGAUACGGUAGCGGCGGUGGUCGACCUGGUGGACCACGAGGCGGUGCCAAAGGUUCCUAUCAGACAGGCAAACAAAGGGGGACUGGUCGUCAACCAAGGCAUCAGCCUUAUUAAAUUUAAUUAAUAAUUGUAUUGCCGUAUUUUAUAGUUUGUUGUGCGUACUUUUUUUUAAAUAUAACAAUACACAAUUUUCACCAAAUUCAUAAAAAAAGAAACCAGAACUCAGACAAUUUAAAAACAAACUUCAACCAACAACAAAUUAAAUACAAAACAACCAACAGUUGCGUUUCAUUCAUCUUCUUCCAUUCACCAUUCCAUUUGUUAUGAAAUAGGAAACAAAAAACAAAAAAAAAAAAUAUAAAUUAACUUAAAAAACAUUGAACAAAGUAAAAAUAAAAUAAAAGGUGUAAUAUCACAAAAACUUAAACACAAAAAUCUGUAGAAAAAGAAGGAUGCCAACACUAUUACCAACAAAACAACCUAACUAAAGAACAAACAAGGGUAUUUUUUUUUAAAUACAAACGAAAAAAUACGAAACAACAAAGUUUGCCUAGUAUAUUUAUAAUGAACACGUUUUUUUCCGUACCAGGAGAGAAGAAGUGGGGAAAGUAAAUUGUCCAAAAUUUCCUUUCACUUAACAUAAAAUUAUAUAGUUCUACGGAGGGGUGAAAAUGAUCAAAUAUUAAUUUAAAAAUAUAAAAACCACAAUAAAUGAAAUUGGGUAAAGGGUGAUUUGCCUUCGAGAAACAUCAUUAAAAAAAAAAACAAUACAAAGUUCUGCAUCUUUUAAAAUUUACAUCAACACAAAAGUUGCUUGCAAAAUUCUUAAAAUUAGUUUAUAAAAAUAUUAAAAAAACACAGUAAUACAUAGAAUCGUAUGUAUAUGUAUCUUUAAAUAAAAAACAUAAAAUAAAAAAAUGUACAAAACAAACAAAAAGUAAAUUUAAACAAAUAAAUAGAAAAGAAAAUUUUGUUGUUUAUUAUUUGUAUACUAUAUAAUGAAGAUUAUUUUGAGCAGGCAUAAAUAAAGUAGAAAACAAAAAGGAAUCAAACUUAAAUAAAAAAAUAAAUAAAAACAAAAAUAAGACAAUUUGUUUUAUCGAAAACCAAUAUUAGUUUAGUAAUUUACUUUCUUAAUCGUAUUUAAAAUUUCUUUUCUAGUAUUUUUGUAUAAAUUACUGUGACUGAUUAAAAAACAACAAAACAAAAAGUAAAAAAAAAAACCGACGAAAAUAUGAAAAGUAAUUUUUUUCUAAAAAAAAUAAUAAAUUAAUUAGCCUACACAACAAGAAAAGAAUGAGAUGAUUAAUAUUUACACUAAAAUUUAUAUACAUAUAUUUACAUUAAAUAAUAAAAAUAAGUAUGUAGUGGAGAUUAAAAAAAAA